AACGUUUUGAUGCUUGAAGGGUUUGUCGCCAUAGUAGGGGGGUUGGACCAACCUGAAGAGAAGAGAGAGAGAGAGAGAGAGAGAGCGACAAUAGGCAAUGGCGAACGAAGGGGACAUUCUAAUGCUCGAAGCUCCUCCUGCUUCUGAACAGCAGUCCUACCGGUCCAUCGGCGCUGAAAUCAUCGACUCGUUGCCGUACAUCGACGACGACUACGGCGACCCCAGAGUGAAGGCAGAGGUGGACCGAUUGGUCGAAGACGAGAUGCGUCGCAGCUCUAAGAAACCCUCCGAUUUCCUCAAGGACCUCCCUUCCCUUCCCAAGUCCCAAUUCCAGAAUCAUCCAAUGCUUGCCAGAGAGUAUGAGCGGGUAAGAGCUGGGAAACCUCCAAUGCCACUUGAUAUGUCGCGUUAUGGACUUGAAGCACCGUCUAUGAACAAAAGGAAUGAUGAAUCUUCUUGGAAGCAGGCACUGCAGAAAGCUCAACGCUUGCUGCAGCAUCAAGUAAUCAGGCUAGAAAAUCUCGACCUAAUGUCAAAACAUGGUGUUGAUGUCUGGAAACUACACAACCAACGAUUGGAGGCAUUCCUGUCCAGAAUGCAAGCACAAGCACUAGAACUCAAUGAAAAGAUAGAAGUCGUUAACCGUGAAAGGAAAUAUCAUCAGCAAACCACAGCGUAUGAGCUAAAUGCAUUAUCUGCUCAAUGGAAGGAACUUUGUGAAAAAAAUAUACAAAUCCAAGCUGCCUGUGCUAAAAUUGAAAAUCAUAUUGGAGAAAUGAAGGCACAAGCUGCAGAGAGGGGCUGGAAUUUGGAGACUAAUAUGGAGAAUUUAUCAUUGCAUCAAGAACAGUAACAUAGAAUGAUGGUCAAGCUAGACUCGUUCUCCCCCGUUUCUCAGUUCUUCAUGCAAGGUUGCCUAUUUUAACAGUAAAUGGGAUCUUUCACAGUUCACCGAAGGUUGGGAAGAUUGGAGGAAGGAAGGAAGUUACUAUGGUGGUGUGAAGGAAUCAGGUGUUUGUGUAGUGAGUGUUCAUCCCCUCCGUUCUACAGCCUUAGUUACUAGCAACUCCAGGCUAUACCUGGCCAAUUACAUAAGGAUUAACUGCAGGAUUGUUCCUCCCGCAUUAGUUGUUUCUUUAUUGAAUUUGAUUCUUCCACUGUGCUGAGAAUUCCAUGCUCUUCGCGGAUCUAUGAGGAGAAUGAGCGCAUCGUGUUUGUUUAUGUUCGACCUCCAAGCAUAUUGGGAGUCAUGUAUUUGCUGGUAUUUUUGAUGUAUUGGAUUAUGUUUUACAAGCUAUGUGAACGGAAAAAAAAAGAUUUACUUUUUCCUUUACCAGGUCAAAA